AUGAAGGGAAAGGCAGGGCUGCCAAGGGAGGGCUUCCUGGAGGAGGUGAUGCCCGAGGAGUUCCUUGAAGGGAGACUGGGUGUGUCCCAGCUUCUGGGGCUGGUGUGGGAGCCCCACUCGGGGGUGGCUGCCUUGCUGCGGCUGAGGGUCUUCCUGCACAUUGUACAGGACCGCUGCCCUGACGCCAAAGCCAGACAACAACUUCAUCAGCGUUCCCUGUGGGGACCUGCUGGGGCUCCCCCCUCCUGCAGCCCCCGCAUUAUGACUGGCAGUCAGAGCCAGCUGUCAGGGGCUCUGGGCUUCCAGCCCAUUGUGGGGACCCCUCAGGCCUCCUGCCAGCACUCAUCCUUCCGGUACCAUGCCCUGGGCUUCCGGGAGACUCGGGGGAAUCGCCGUGAGCGUCGGGCCACCCUGCUGGUCACCCGCGCCGCCGCGACCUUCCUCCUGGACAGCGGGGCCCCGGACCUCCUUCGGGACCUGCACGAGGCCUUCUGCGAGAGGCCCUCAGCGGCGCGGAGGCAGUUAGAGGCCGUGCUCUCGGCCGGGGACCGGGAGCGUCUGCGGGCGCAGGUGCGGGAGGCCGCGGACGUAGGCUUCGCGCGCUUCCAGGAGACCGUGCGGAGCCGCCCCGAGCUCCGCGAGGACUCGGGCCGCGAGCUGCUGGCCCCGGUGACCCACGCGCUCCGGGUCCUGUGGCGCCUGGCCCCGCCCGGGGCGCUCCCGGCACUGGGCACCCGGCUGGCCGAGUGCCUGCUGCUGCGGGGGGACGCGGCGGGCGCUCGGGCUCUGUGCGAGCGCUUGCUGCGGCCCUGGCGCACCGGGGACCGUGCACGGGACCGGGCCGGGGACCGCGCGCCCCUGCUGGCGCUGCGCGGCUUCUGCGCGCUGCACGCCGGCGACGCGGGGCGCGCCCAGGAGGACUUCCAGGCGGUGGUGGAGCUGGGCCCGCCGCACCCUGGCAGCUGCGUGCGAGCCCUGUGCGGCCGCGGGCUGCUGCGGGUGCUGGCGGGCAGUGCGUUCCUGGGCGCGCUGGACUAUGUCACCGCCUGCCGCCUGCGGCCCGAGGAAGCUCUGCUUGUCACAAAGGCCUACGUGCCCUGGAACCAGCGGGGGCUGCUAAUGACCGUGCUGCGGGAGGAGGGCCGCAGGAUGCUGCAGCGGAGGCCGCAGCCGGGAUCCGAGAGCGGGCCGGGCCGCAGGAGCAAGGCUGCGGAGACCGACAGCCGCGCUGCGCAGGAAGGGGACGCCCGUGGCGUGUACCAGCUGGCCAUGCUCCUGAUGGAGCUGGACACGGAGGAUGAGGCUUCGCGCCUCCUGGCGGCCGAUGCCCUGUACCGCCUGGGCCGCCUGGACGACGCCCACAAGGCCCUGCUGGUGGCCCUCUCCCGAAGGCCUCAGGCGGCCCCUGUGCUGGUGCGGCUGGCCCUGCUGCAGCUCCGGAGGGGCUUCUCCUAUGAUGCCAGCCAGCUGGUGAAGAAGGUGGUCCAGUCUGGAGACACAGCCUGCCUCCAGCCCACCCUGGACGUCUUCCGCCACGAGGACCGCCAGCUGCUGCAGGGCCACUGCCACGCGAGGGCCCUGGCCAUCCUGCAGGCACGACCUGGCGGCGCCGAGGGCAGGGCCCACACCAGGGAGGCCAUCACCUACCUCUCUCUGGCCAUCUUUGCUGCAGGGAGUCAGGCAAGUGAGUCCCUGCUCACCCGCGCCCGCUGUUACGGGCUCCUGGGCCAGAAGAAGACGGCCAUGUUCGACUUCACGUCCGUGCUAAGGGCGGAGCCGAGGAACGCGCGGGCGCUGUGCGGACGGGCGCUCCUGCACCUGGCCCUGGGCCAGCAGAAGGAGGCUGUGGACGACAUCCUCUCGGCUCUGAAGCUCAGCCCGAGAACGGCGGUCCCUGAGAUCCGCUCUCUGAAGCCAGAGGUCCAGGCCCUCAUCACGCAGGGCCUCUCAUCCCGCUGCCGGGCCCUCCUGAUCCAGCUGCCGGACACAGGGGCCCGCCUGAGCAACGAGGACACCCAGAGCCUCCUGGCCGCGGGGGAAGCCCUGAUCGAAAUCGAUGCCGGGCAGCCCAGCUGGCACAUCCUCCUGGCAGACGUGCUGGCUGCAGUGGGCAGCUUUGAGAAGGCCGGCGCCCGCCUGCAAAGAGUCCUGCACCUGGCCCCUGCUUCAGAGGCGGCCCGGGCCCGGCGUGGCCUGCUGCGGCUCAAGAAGGGUGAUGUGCCGGCCGCCACGCAGGACCUGCAGCGUCUGGCAGAGACAGACGCCCAGGACCUCGGCUUCCUGCUGCAUCUCCUGGAGGCCUCGGAGAGGCAGAGCCUCGCCCAGGCCGCAGCCCAGGAAGCUGACACCCUCAUGAACUCAGGGCGGCCCGGCCAGGCGCUGGGCUACUGCUCACUGGCCAUCCUGGCGGGUGGCGGUAGCGCUUGUCACCUGCGCCGGCGGGCUGCCUGCCUAGCCGAGCUACGGGAGUUUGGCCGGGCACUCGGGGACCUGGACCGCGUGCUCCGAGAGGGUUCAGGGGACGGUGACCUCCAGGCACGGGCGGAGGACUUCUGCUCCCAGGGCCGCCUGCUUCUGAGCCUGGGGGACGAGGCCGGGGCCGCCGGGGCCUUUGCCCAGGCCCUCAGGCUGGCGCCUGCCCUAGCCCAGAGCAAGCUGUGGCAGCAGCCAGGCCGGGCCCCCACUGCCCACGCGCUCCUGUGCAGGGCGCAGCACUGCCUGGAUGAGCAGCGCUACACAGAGGCCUGGACGGCAGCCGAGGGCGGCCUCCUGGUGGACCCGGAGCACGGUGGCCUGAAGAGACUGAAGGCGAGAAUCCGGAGGGAGGCAUCCUCGGGCUGCCGGCUCCACUGACCCAGCGCUCCCCAGGCCCAGCCGUGGGGCCACCCUGUCGUUAGCAUUUCUCAUCCGGACCUGGGGUGCACCCCGCCCCAGAUCAGGGAGGUGCUCGCCCACCCUCCCCCGCCCCAGUCCUGGGGUGGGCUGGUGACAGCCAGCCUCGGGAAGCAGAGCGGAGAGCUCCCCGCUUGCCUGAGUCACCAUCCCAGGAGGC